UAAGACAUGCUAUGUGCGUUUCCAAUUUUAAAUGAUAGCGCAGAUCUCAAACCGACAAUAUUGAGUAGCAAAGAAUGGUUCAGCUCAAACAUUUAGGUUUGUUGCUCGUAGUGACAUUGGGAUAUUGUUCUAAACAACGCAAAUUCCUGAUAUUUCCAGAGUCUAAAAACAACUUCGAAUGUCGUUCUUUAAGCAACGUCCAGUUCAUACAAACAGUCUCAGAAGAUGGCCGCACAAGAACCUUUGACCUCCAUCACACGUCCAUUAUUGGUGGGAUUACUAUCAGAACAUGUGAUUACGACAGGGCGCUUGCGGUUGGACAUUUCAAUAUUACAUAUAUAGAUGCUUCUGAUUCUACAAAUCAAGAACGUAUUUACUCGGAGGGUAUGGUAGGCGAUCGGUCACUUUUUCGGACAUCUAUAAAUUUAGAUAUAGAGCCUGUUCUGUACACAAGAAGACUUAGCUUCAGCCAUUGGCAUGCAAUCGAAUGUUCAGAGAUACACAUACAGGGAUGUAGUCCGAAUGAUAUAUGUGGCCCAACUUUCUGCAAAAAUGGUGGAACAUGUGUCGGAAAUGGUCAGUGCGCAUGCGGGAAAGGGUACAUGGGACCAACAUGUGAACAACUCGUGCAGAACAUGACUUUUGAUGACUUUGGAUUUGUUGCCAGUUUAUCAGAUGUUCUUUACACUAAAGUAGCCGCUUUCAGUGUAACUGGAGAUGUCUCGUUUUCAUUCAAAGACCAAGAUAAGCAGACCGGUGUUCCUCGAAAUACACGCACUCUUGGACUGUUAUUCGGUUUGGCGCAUAUUUGCGGACAUGGGGGAAGUUUGCACUAUAUGCCGUCACAUAUGCCUAGUUUCGAGCACAACCACCAUAAUACACUUGGACAUUUACCUUCACACAGCACAUGUUCCGCUCUAAACAACUUCGAAACGGGAUUUACACAUACCAUUGAGACUAUAUUUGGAGACAACCAUCACCAUAGUAACACGCAGUACUUCUACACAACGCACGGGACUGAUCAUUUUUCACACGGUGUGUCAUUACAUACCAGCAACCACUGUCUGCAUAUGCACGUGCAUUAUGCCAACAGUCUCGGGCAUCUUCUACAUUAUCACCUAUCACCUUCUUUCAAUCCUUGGUCAAAUACCAAGUAUAUAAUAGAAAGUUCCUUCAGUCCUCACUGUGGUGCAAGCUUAUAUGUAAACGGACAUCACGUAGCCUCGCUUACCAAACCUAACGUUACGUCUCCACUGAUACACUUCCCAGGGACACCAAAGCCAUUGUGUUUUGGUCUGUGUGGAGCACAUCCAGGAGCUGGUCCAAACAACAUUACCAUUGGUAAUAUUGCUGUAGCAGGUGCUAAUGUCGUGACGCUAGCAAAUAAUUUUCUCCUUGGAUUAUUAGGUUUGCCAAUGCUUAAUAUUUUAACACCACCACAACAUACAUCAGCUGGCCCACAGACAAAACCUACAGCUUCACUACAACCCAUGGCAACUGCUACAGACAAUGGACUUGCACUGUCUCCGGCAUCAACGUUACCUCCGGCAUCGGCUACAACGGCGCUUACAAACGCUGCAACAACAAAAUCACACGCCCCAAUAUGUUACGCAUGCACAAACAAAAUUUUAGACGGAGACUGUUCGACAACUUACAAGUGCUUUGUAGGUGAGGUAUGUUCAGUAUUUCAUGGAAGCCAAGGAUACACCCAUAGAUGCAUGGAUAGAAAGUUAUGUGACUCUAAUUUGAAGAACGCAAAAGACUGCUGGAAAUGCUGCACAGGGGAUUUAUGCAACGAUAAAUGCGGGGGAGAUUGUACCGAUAAGCCACAAUGUUCACAGUUUCUGUCUAUCGGGUAUAAUGCUUGCAUCGAUCCUGCAGCAUCUGUCUCAUUUUGUCCGAAGACCUGCAACAAAUGUCCAUCUAGAGGGUAGCUGUACAGCUUAUAUGGAAAAUAAACUCCAUUUC